UCAAUACCUGUCCUUAAAAAAGUGUUUCGCGGAGAGCAUUGUCCUACUAACCUUCAGGUCGGGUGAUAAAUGCUUGAUAAAGAAUUGCAUAAUCUAAAAUCAAGUUCACCAUCAAUUUGAUCAACACCAGACUUGAGAAUUUCGUUUAUUAAUGAGGGCGCAUAUUUAUGUGUAACCUUUCGAGCAGCUGACGUGAUUGUUUCAUAAAAUCAAGUUCCAACUUUUACUUAAAAAUAAUUAGAGAAUCCUGAUUUUGUGUGCAUGGAGUCAUGAAAUUACCUCUAAAAUUAAAAAUUUCUGAAAAACCCUUAGGAAUCAUAGUUGUGGGCAAAACUAAAGCUUAGACUGAUUCUUCCCUUUCAAAUGGGUCACUGCGAGUCGCAUGAAGUCAGCAAAACAGACCUCAAAAUACAUACGAAUGCCAUCCUGUAGAGAUUUAAGAAUCCAAACGCGCACUUCCUCCCCAAACUCUGACGCAUAUAUACAGAUAGAUUGCCAAACUCGGAAGGACCAAAGAACAAAAUGUAUACUUUCACGCAAGCAAGUAGGUUUCCCUAUUUUCUGUUUAUACUUGUGAAGUUGGAUUUCAUCACUGGAAGUAGUGAUGAAGCGCCUGAGUGCCCUGCGAACAUGAGUGAGAUUCUGAAAGCAGAACAAGUUGUACCGGAAGUAAUUGAUAACGUUCCAAAACACCAUAUUAAUAUAGCCUACAGUCUUCACUGCUUCGUAAAUUUUGGGAAUGUAUUGAGACCCGAGAAGGUUGCCAGGCCAGUAUACGUGAUGGAGUGGUUUUGCACUCAAUAUCAAUAUUUCACACUCCUAUUGGUUGGACCGGAUGAGCCAACAAGGGACUCACCUACAGACCGAGAGUUUUUAUACUGGUUGGUCGUAAAUGUUCCUCUUAAUGCUGUCUAUUGUGGCGAUGACAUGGUAGAAUAUCUUCCCCCGGCUCCAAAAAAAGACACAGGUGUCCACAGAUAUGUUUACAUUAUGUUACAUCAACCUAAUGGCAAUAUGACAUUUGACGCACAUCGCAUCAAAAAUACGACACUAGCAGGGCGUGAAAAGUGGUCAUCGAAAGCAUUUAUGAAGAAGCACGGAUUCGAGGAGGCAUAUGCGGUCAACUUUUUUAAGAGUGAAUGGCAAGAUCCGCAAGCAUAAGAAAGAGCUCGCACGAAGUUUGAAAAAGGUUGAUAAAGCCCCUUAGUACAAAUCAAUGCUUUUUUAAUCAAGAAAGGCUGUUUAAGAUUG